AUGGGUGCCCGAAAGCAUGCCGAAGUUUCCACGGAUGAUAUUGGGUUGUUGACCUUGGGGCGUUCGUCCCAGUCGGAGGAGCCCACGGGUAAUGGCUCGACGCUGUCCAGGGGCUCGGGUGAGACAGAACGACGAGAAGACCCCGAAGGCCAGGCACAAGAUAGGGAUGAGCGGAUGUCAAACCAACAGGUCACGCAACUCGCUCGCACGUUCUCCGUCCAGUCGAAACACCAGACCGUGGAGGGUUUGAACAGCAACGACUCUCGACUGGACCCCUUUAGCCCGGACUUCGAUGCCAAACGCUGGGCAAGAGCCUUCUACCAGACGCGACACGAUGGGGAGGGUGGAACUUUGCGACGCGUUGCUGGAUUCGCCGCAAGACACUUGGAGGUUGGAGGUUACGGAGUUGGGAUCGACUACCAGAUGAGCGUGGGAAACGCACCUUUGAAGCUAUUGUCAACGCUCACGAACUCCAUUCGGAAGCACGUAACUACGGCUCAGCGAGUGAGCAUUCUGCGCGAUGUCGAUGCCUUGGUUUUGCCAGGUGAACAGCUCUGUGUUCUGGGCCCGCCAGGAUCUGGGUGCUCAACUUUCCUGAAAUCCAUUGCCGGCGAUACCUAUGGCCUUGAGGUGGCCCCGACGUCCUACAUAAACUAUCACGGCAUCACGGCGCGACAGAUGUCCCAUGAGUUCCGCGGAGAAGCAACGUACACUGCAGAGGUUGAUCAUCACCUGCCGGAACUCACUGUUGGCGACACAUUGUAUUUUGCGGCCCUCGCCCGCGCUCCUCGCAUCAUUCCUGGAGGAAUGAGUCGCGUGGAUUACGCCCGCCACCAGCGCGAUGUUAUCAUGGCAAUGUUCGGUAUUAGCCAUACGAUGAACACGAAAGUGGGUAACGACUUCGUGCGUGGCGUCAGUGGAGGUGAAAGAAAACGAGUCACGAUCGCCGAAGCAGCAUUGAGCUACGCGCCGCUGCAAUGCUGGGAUAACAGUACGCGUGGCCUGGAUAGCGCCAACGCCGUGGAGUUUUGCAAAACCCUGCGGACGCAAAGUGAUGUCUUUGGCAUCACGUCAUGCGUGGCCAUCUAUCAGGCACCGCAAGCUGCCUAUGACUUGUUCGACAAGGUCACCGUGUUCUAUGAAGGCAGGCAGAUUUAUUUCGGCAGAGCUUCUGACGCCAAAGCCUACUUCGAGCGUCUCGGAUUCCAGUGCCCUGAAUCUCAAACUACCCCGGACUUCCUGACCUCGAUGACUAGUCCUUCAGAGCGCAUCGCUCGACCUGGAAUGGAGGAGGCUGUGCCCCGUUCUCCUGACGAAUUCGCCGACCUUUGGAAGAAUAGCAAGGAGUAUAAAAAGCUGCUGGAUGAGAUCGAGCAAUUCGCUACUGAGCAUCCGUACAACAGUAAUGAUCUCCAGGACUUCUCCCGGUCCAUGAAAGACGACAAGUCGCGAUUGCAGCGCAAGAAGUCCCCAUAUACCAUCUCAUACUGGGAACAGGUUCGCCUCUGCUUGUGGCGAGGCAUGGUCCUGACCAAGUCCUCGAUCUCGGUGCCUAUCAGCAUGCUCAUUAUCAAUUCGAUCCAGAUUUUACUUGUGUCCAGUCUGUACUACAACCUCCCAGCGGACACUUCGUCUUUCUUCCUCCGUGGCUCAUUCAUCUUUAUCAUGGUUCUGCUCAACACAUUCACCUGUAUGCUUGAGAUCAUGACCCUAUAUGCCAAGCGAGACACGGUCGAGAAGCAUAAUCGGUACGCGUUUUACCAUCCCAGCGCCGAGGCCCUAGCGGCCAUGGUAAUCGACCUGCCUUACAAGAUCUCUCUGUCAAUCUGUAUGAAUAUUGUCGGUUACUUCAUGGCCAACCUUCGUCGCGAGCCGGGAGCGUUCUUUUUCUAUCUAUUGAUAUCAUUUUCGUGCAUGAUGUGUCUGUCUAUGGUCUUCCGCCUGCUAGGCUCGAUGACCAAGACUGUUGCUCAGGCUAUGGUUCCUGCCUCACUCGUGAUUCUCGCCAUUACCCUAUACACCGGCUUUGCAAUCCCAAUUUCCCAUAUGCGAGGGUGGGCAUCGUGGAUCCGUUGGAUCAAUCCGGUUGCCUACGCAUUCGAAGCUCUGAUCACGAAUGAAUUCCACGAUCGCGAGUUUGCCUGUGCCCUAUCAGCUUUUGUUCCAGCAGGCCCCGGGUACGAGAACACCCCUAGGUCGCUCCAGACCUGCAAUGCGAAAGGCUCCUUGCCCGGUAGUACAACGGUGAGCGGCACCGCGUUUUACGAGACUUCCUACUCGUAUAACUAUGCGCACCGCUGGCGCAACUGGGCUAUAAUCAUCGCGUUUACGGUGUUGUUUGCCGCCGUCCACUUGGGAUUGUCUGACUUGAUUGCGGCACAACGCUCGAAGGGAGAAGUUUUGGUGCUGCCACGAGACAAGGCCAAAAAGAAGGGCCGCAGUCGCAAAGGCGACCUGGAGCACAUGGCCACUGGCGAUGAGCGAAUCGGUCACUCUGAAGAAACUGGGCACUCGGCACAUGUACAAAAGCAAACCUCUGUGUUCCACUGGGAAAACGUAUGCUACGAUAUCACCAUUAAAGGCGAGCCUCGACGAAUCCUCGAUAACGUUGAUGGAUGGAUCAAACCUGGGACGUUGACUGCACUCAUGGGGGUGUCCGGAGCGGGCAAAACGACGUUGCUGGAUGUGCUCGCCGACCGUGUAUCUACCGGAGUUAUCACCGGUGAUAUGCUGGUUGACGGCCGCCAGCGUGAUGAAUCCUUCCAGAGAAAAACCGGCUACGUUCAACAGCAGGACCUUCAUCUACAUACGUCGACUGUCCGUGAAGCUCUGCAAUUCAGCGCGUUACUACGACAGCCUCGAAAUCACACUCGCCAGGAAAAGCUCGACUACGUUGAACAGGUUCUCUCCUUGUUGGAAAUGCACGAUUAUGCGGAUGCCGUCGUAGGCAUUCCGGGCGAAGGACUGAAUGUCGAGCAACGCAAGCGUCUGACAAUCGGAGUAGAAUUGGUCGCCCGACCCAAGUUGCUGAUCUUCCUCGAUGAGCCUACUUCUGGUCUGGACAGUCAAACAUCGUGGUCGAUCUGCAAUCUGAUGGAAAAGUUAACGAACAGCGGCCAGGCAAUCCUCUGCACCAUCCACCAGCCCUCUGCCAUGCUUUUCCAGCGGUUUGACCGGUUGCUGCUCCUUGGCAAGGGCGGAAAAACGAUGUACUUUGGAGACAUCGGUAAGAACUCAGCCACGCUUCUGGACUAUUUCGCUCGUAACGGGGGUCACCCAUGCCCACCAGAGGCGAACCCGGCCGAAUAUAUGUUGGAGGUCAUUGGGGCCGCCCCGGGGACGCACACCAAGGUCGACUGGCACUCGGCGUGGCGUAAUAGCCCCGAGUAUGAAGAGGUACAGCGUGAAUUGGGUCGGCUGCGACACUCGCCUAACCGAGAGUCUGCGAUGCUGGAUUCGCAAGACAAGUCCAACUACCAGGAGUUCGCCGCCCCAAUGUCGACUCAAUUCCUGGUGGUCUGCCAUCGUGUUUUCCAGCAGUAUUGGCGAUCGCCAGGCUACAUCUAUGCCAAAGCCGAGCUGGUUAUCGUUUCGGCAUUAUUCAUCGGGUUCUCUUUCUUCAUGGGAGAGAACACCCAACAGGGCCUGCAGAAUCAGAUGUUUGGUGUCUUCAUUGUCCUGAUUGUCCUGAUGCAGUUGAUCUUCCAGACGCUGCCCUCCUUCGUGACACAGCGAACAUUGUACGAAGCCCGCGAGCGCCAGUCCAAGACAUAUGCCUGGCAGGCUUUUGUUCUGAGCAAUAUGUUUGUUGAAUUAGUCUGGGCCAUGUUUCUAUCAGUCUUCACCUUCCUGUGCUGGUACUACCCUCUUGGUUGCUAUCGCAAUGCUGAACUCACGGGUGCGGUGCAUUCGCGCAGUACUCUUAUCUUCUUGCUCAUCUGGGUGACAUUCAUCUGGGCCAGCACCUUUGGCAACAUGCUUAUCUCAGGACUCGACACAGUUGACCUGGCCUCGUCUAUGUCUACAUUCCUUGUCUUCCUCUGCUACAGCUUCUGCGGGCUGCUCGUCUCCCCAACCGCAAUGCCGGGCUUCUGGAUCUGGAUGUACCGCGUGAACCCUUUCACCUACCUGGCCACCGGGUUUCUCUCAACCAGUCUUGGCCGGGCGCCCAUGCAUUGCGAUAACAAUGAAUACCAAAUCAUCCGCAUCCCGCCCAACCAGACCUGCGGGGUGUACAUGCGUGACUAUCUCGAUAGCAAUGGCGGCUCGAUCUCUGACCCGAAUGCAACUAGUCAGUGUCAGUACUGCCAGUACACCCAGACGGACCAGUUCCUUGCUACUUUUGGUGCCCAUUUCUCGGAGCGGUGGAUGGACUUUGGGCUUCUCUUGGUGUAUGCCGCGUUCAACGCGUUCAUGGCCGUCUUUUUGUACUGGGCCCUGCGAGUUCCUAAACGCAAGAAGAGGAAGACUGCAUAG